AGCAAUAAUAAUAAUCAUAAUGAUAACAAUUUGGUCAUUUUAAAAGGGGUAUUUCUCGGAUUCGCCAUGUGUAUUUAAACCCACCCGCACCCGCUCUCUUCUUGUGCCAGUUCCUGCAAUAAACUAGGCAAAAGCCAAUUUUUUCUCUCUAGAUUUUCUCCCGCGAAAGGUAAUACACUUUGAAAAAGGUAAAAAUGGUGAAGAUCUGUUGCAUUGGAGCAGGAUAUGUCGGUGGGCCUACAAUGGCAGUCAUUGCACUCAAGUGUCCGUCGAUUGAAGUAGCUGUUGUUGAUAUCUCUCAACAUAGGAUUAAUGCCUGGAACAGUGACCAGCUGCCCAUUUAUGAGCCAGGCCUUGAUGACGUGGUGAAGCGGUGCCGAGGCAGGAACCUCUUCUUCAGCGUUGAUGUGGAGAAACAUGUCUCUGAGGCUGAUAUAGUCUUCGUUUCUGUCAACACUCCGACCAAAACUCGCGGACUGGGGGCUGGUAAAGCUGCUGAUCUGACAUACUGGGAGAGUGCAGCGCGUAUGAUUGCUGAUGUCUCAAAGUCAAACAAAAUUGUGGUUGAGAAAUCAACUGUCCCAGUUAAGACGGCAGAGGCAAUUGAAAAAAUUUUGACCCACAACAGCAAGGGGAUCAAAUUCCAGAUCCUCUCAAACCCAGAGUUCCUUGCUGAGGGAACUGCAAUCAGCGAUCUGUUUAACCCAGAUAGAGUUCUUAUUGGAGGAAGGGAAACCCCAGAAGGUCAAGAAGCCAUCAAAGCAUUGAAGGAUGUUUAUGCUCAUUGGGUACCUGAAGAUCGCAUUCUAACCACCAACCUUUGGUCCGCAGAGCUGUCCAAGCUUGCAGCCAAUGCCUUCUUGGCCCAGAGGAUCUCAUCCGUUAAUGCUAUGUCUGCACUAUGUGAGGCAACUGGGGCAGAUGUUACCGAGGUUUCAUAUGCUGUUGGCAAGGACACUAGAAUUGGUCCCAAGUUUUUGAAUGCUAGCGUUGGUUUUGGUGGGUCCUGCUUCCAGAAGGACAUUUUGAACCUUGUAUACAUCUGCGAGUGCAAUGGCCUUCCAGAUGUGGCAGAGUAUUGGAAACAAGUAAUCAAGAUCAAUGAUUAUCAAAAGAACCGAUUCGUGAACCGUGUUGUUUCCUCUAUGUUUAAUACAGUUUCAAAUAAGAAGAUUGCCAUCCUAGGGUUUGCUUUCAAGAAGGAUACUGGUGACACAAGGGAGACCCCAGCUAUUGAUGUGUGCAAGGGGCUUUUGGGAGAUAAGGCCCUGUUGAGCAUCUAUGACCCACAGGUGACCAUAGACCAGAUUCAAAGAGACCUGACCAUGAACAAGUUUGAUUGGGAUCACCCUCUCCAUCUCCAGCCAAUGAGCCCUACAACUGUGAAGCAAGUGAGCGUAGUUUGGGAUGCAUAUGAGGCAGCAAAAGAUGCCCAUGGUCUUUGCAUUUUGACCGAGUGGGACGAGUUCAAGACUCUUGAUUACAAGAGGAUUUAUGAAAGUAUGCAGAAGCCAGCCUUCGUGUUUGACGGAAGGAACGUUGUGAAUGCGGAUCAGCUGAGGGAGAUUGGUUUCAUUGUAUACUCAAUUGGUAAGCCACUUGAUGCAUGGCUCAAGGACAUGCCUGCUGUAGCUUAAACAUGACAGUGAUUGGUUUGCUCGUCAUGGCUGCGCAUCAACCGGUUAUAGUUUGAGACAAUCAAUUUGAUUCUUCAACAUUCUUAAACUAUUGCCAUUUUUUCUUGCUUUCCCAUUUUAGUUGGGACAAUUUGCGUUGCUAUUGAGGUGAAAGCAGAGUCUAUAUGUUUUUUUCCAUACAUUUCCAUUCAAUUAUAUCAAUUAUGUAUUUUUUUUUCCUUUCAUAUGCAACUUUAUAACUAGAAUUAUGAAUUCCUAAAACCAAACUGUUUUCUGUCCUUGUUGCAUAUCAAAUGUAGCUUAUCCAUCUAUCAAA